AUGGGGGUCGUCCGCACUAUUGCGCUGACGGUCCUGGGUAUCUCAGCCUUUGUUUUUAUCACACUUUUUGGGCGAUUACCCGCAUUCAGGAAAACCCCCAUUGCCUAUUUACACCAAGUAGUGUGGGUACAUGUUCCUAACGGAGUUUCCUUUCUCGAUUCGCAUCUGUUUGGUGGGCGUCUUGUGCGAACAUGGAAUCGAUCAGGUAGCUAUAUGUGGAAUGAAAACCACCCGGUGAUCCUGAUCUUUUUUGUGGGCCUGCUCGCCAUAGGGGAAGCUGUCUUUCUUCCACCGGCAUGGCCUCGGAUGCCGAGUGUCCAUAAAACGUGGGUUCCCAUGGUUGUUAUCCUACCAUAUAUCUUGCUCUACAAGUGUGUGACGACCAAGUCGUUCAUCACACCUGACAAUCAUGAUCAAGAGAUGAAGCGGUACCCAUAUGAUCGGGUGCUUUUUCAUCCGGGGCAUCGUUGUCGAACUUGUGAUCUGCCCAAACCACCACGCAGCAAGCACUGCAAUAUCUGCAAGGGAUGCGUUUCUCGACAUGACCACCACUGUGUCUGGCUGAUGAAUUGUGUUGGGGCCAAUAACUAUGUUUAUUUCAUGUCGCUGCUAUUGUCCUUGACAGUGUUACUGAUUUAUGGAACCUAUGUAGGUUACCAACUCCUCUACCAGACCCUAGAGACACGGGUGACCGUAGAGGGAAAAGCAGCCAUGCAAGGCUGGACGAUGUACUUCCAAAUUUGGGGACUUGUGAUCACCGCCGAUUACAAAAUUGGAACUGUGACAUUGUUGAUGCUCAUGACGGCGCCGCUGGCGGCGGCCUUCUUGAUUUACCAUAGCUAUUUGGUUUGGGCGGGUACCACAACCAACGAAAGUGCCAAAUGGUCGGAUUUGAAAGACGACAUUGAGGAUGGGUUUGUGUUCAAAGCAAAGCGAAGUCAGAUCGAGAAUGCACCACUCUAUACGGAUUUAGGCGACGAGCCUUGGCCGGUACAAAGUGACCAAAUUUUGAUCACAGAUGAUGAUCCGCCAAUGGAGGGUUAUAUCCUGGCAGAGGAUUCAAACCGUGUUUAUUACAAUUGCAGUGGAGAAGUGCCAAUUGAUCCACGGUGGAAGCCCGUGUACAGCCUGAAAGAGCUGGAUAACAUUUAUGAUGUCGGGUUUUGGGGGAAUUUCAAAGACGCCAUGGGGAUCUCGCUGAUGCUCAAGGUCAUACUAGCUGGGACUUUGAGCCACUACGAAGCCCGGGGCAUGAUUGAUGACAAACGCCUGGAGCACAUGCUGGCUGCUGGAAAGCAAAUCCUGUACAAGACGCACCAGGAAAGCGAAGUUCGGCAUAACCUCGGUAUGUCUCCAGACAUCUGGCAGGGCCUUACCGAUGUCUUGACAAAGGCGAUUCCGGUCCUCGAGUCGCAGUCUUUCGCAUGGAAGAGCCCAUCCGCUACUUAUGAACAUUCCUCGUCAAACCUCAUCGCAUACAAUUAUUUUUCGUUGGUAAAGGAUAUUGAACGUCUGAACGACCUAUGCACAAUUGCACGAAAUUUGCUCGCCACAACCAAGAAGGCACAAAAUCUGGCAGCUGCGAAGGGCUUUGACCAGCGUAUCCUCGCUUUGAUUGAUACUUGUGUGCGAGUGACGGCUAGAGGAUUCGACGGCGAGACCAAUGCCCGCAACGAGGAGCGGUGGCAGAAGGUGGUCAAUCUUUACAAGCGCCUGCUGAUAACCUGCCUUCAAUAUCUGCACAACUUUGUCAUGCACAAUGAGCAGCGAAAGAUGGUGCUAUGGUUGGAUCUUUUCGGAUACCAUUCUACGGCCGACACAAAUAUCAUCAAACCAAAGGACGCGUUGGAUCCUACUGCUCGGGCUGAAGGGGUUGCACCCGUUGUGAAAAUUGGAGAGCGCGUAAUCAACCCACCAAUCCGGGCAUUGUAUGACCAAACUGCCGAAGACUUGCUUUUGGAAACGAUCGCCAAGUUCCCACGGGAGCCCUCGACAAUCAAAGAAGAAGCUGCUAUGCUACUUUUGGCAAAUAUCAAGGACCACAUGGAGAAGAUCUUGGGGCGGGACCUUACUGAUAUUCAAGAGAUGGGUAGAGAUCCAGAACAGGUCAAAUAUAUACGGGCUGCGCUGACCUCAAUCCUCGGUGCUAAAGUGGAUGGAUGGUCUGAUCUCCAGGACCGAGCCCGGGAAAUGCCACCUGCAUUGACCGAGGAAGACGAGCAAGGGGCAACUAAAAAGAAAACCAUUCUAACAAUAGACCGUAGCAUGACCGCUGGGUUUCCACGUUUGUGCUGGUCUGAUUUGCCCGAGGUCAACGAUUACGCGGUCGAUGCUGUUGUGACAGAGGAUGACACCAGCAUGCCUCGUUCGUCUCAAUCCGCCGCGGAGACAUUGCAGGAGGCGAAGGAUGAAUUGAUGGCCCGCCUGCAGGAGUCAUCUCACCUCGGCGAUGGUGAUGCCGACUACGAUACAGCUGAUGCGGGAACAGUGGGUGAUGAUGACUCGCACAGCCUAGAAGGCCAUGCAGAUGGAAGCAUUGAAGGGGACGAAGACGACGAGGGAGAUGACGUUGAUGGUCCCGAUGACGGUGCAGAAGUGGAUGAUGAAGAAGACGAUGACGAUGACGACUACCGUGGUCGCCCCGGUGAUCAACAACGGGGUCUCUUGACUGAUAUUCCUCUUGUUCUGGGCCCCGCUGAGAUUGAAGCGCUGCCAAUGAUUGUUCAGGCAGGAAUUGUGGACAGCUUUGGUCUCAAAGGUGGGGAAAGGAAUGGUUCGCGGAACAUGCAGGCCCUCCGGUGCCAUAUUCUUCUUGCGCAGGAGACGGGUCGCAACUUGCUCCGUGAGCUUCUGAUUUUCAUUGCAGCCUGGGACCUCCCAGAUGACGAGCUCUAUUUCAAAAUGAUGGUUCAGAUUAUGGAAGCCGUGCUCCGUAACGGACUCAUGUCGCAUGCCUACUCUGACUUCGGUCAGCCUAAAGAUAUCAUUUCGCCAGCCCAGGCAGUGGUUAUUAAGAUUCUCACGCACAUUUUCCGUGCUAAAUACUCCCCGGCCUCGGUGACAGGCUCGCCUCAAAACAACACUUCUCGAACCCCAUCGCCGCUCAGUCGUGUUGAUAUCCUUACCGUUCGAUACAUUUUUACCAUAUUCCGUGGCAACAUCAUCCCAGAAACAUGUGCUCUGAUAUAUCUCCAAGGUCAGAUCCGUGCCGAGCGUGCUCUCCCCGAAGACUUCCCUCUCAACUUGUGGGAUAUGGAGCGGGUCUACGAGGGUGUGUAUCAGUUCCUUGAAUUCUUCGCCGUCCUUACCGAGAACAAUGACUGGAAAAAUCUACUGGUGAAAUGGGAGAUUGUCUAUGACUUGGUCACCUUGAUCAAAGAGCUAGAUGCCAGCAUCCCCAAGGGUCAACUCAAUUCCAUGUCCUAUGGUUCCGUUCCCCCGCCACCGCCCCCGCCUCGUGGCACCUCACCGGAUGACGAGUCGCCUUCAUCACCGGCUCCCGUUGCAGUCGAACGUCCCUAUGACCCAGGUGAUGCAGACCCGAUCGAUAAUGUUGCUGGCAGCGUCGACUCACGCCCCGAGUCUCCUCCAAUCGCUGACGAUCCAUCUGAGUUCGAGUGGCGGAACCUCAAGAAGCUGGUUGUCUUGGUUCUUUCGUCGUUGGUCUGGAAAUGCCCCGAGGUCCAGGAACAAAUACGCCGCUACGGUGGUGUUGAGGCCAUCUUAUCAUGCACCAAUUUCGAUACCAAUAACCUGUACAUCAAGGAGCAUGCUGUCAUGUGCUUGAAGUUCUUGCUGGAAGGAAACCGCGAGAACCAGCGACUAGUAGAGGAGCUGGAGGCUCGGGAGGUUGUCAAGGAUGACGGUGGCAUUCUAGAGAAGAACGGGUACGAAGCCAUGAUUAACCAGGCUGGUAAACUUGCCCUUCGAUCCAAGGAGAACAACAACUAG